AGAGUGACAGAUGGUAAGUCCUCCCCCCCCAGGGACCCAAAUCUCCCUCAAUCCAACCGCACGUCAAUCAGAGGCUCCCGUGUGAUCGCUCCCGCGGAUGACGUGCCAACCAUAUGGCCUGGCAUCAGAGCUGGUACCAUGACUCGGUAGACAUGCCACCCUCUCCUCCUUUUGGAUUGCACUCUGAAGGAGCUUGAGAACCUCAAGGAGACUGUUCUACUCCCAGAAGAUGAUCUGAACCAUGUCAUAAAUUUCUUCAGCCUUAGCUCAGGAGCCAUCAUGUUGACCAGGCUGUUCAGCGAGACCAGUCUUAUCCCCGAGGUGCAGAAAUUCGCCUCCUGGCCUGAUGACUGUGAUGAAGACAUGAGCGACAAGGACGAGAGGAGCGAGAAGAGCCUGCAGGAGGUGCACACUGAGGGCUCUCUGAGUGAGAGCAAGGACGAUGGGGAUAUUGGUGGGGAAGAUGAUGAUGAGGAAGAGGAGGAGGAGGGGACAGAGGAAGCUGAGGGAGACAGGCCCAAGAAACGUGGCCCCAAAAAAAGGAAAAUGACCAAGGCCAGGAUGGAGAGGUCCAAGGUGAGAAGACAAAAAGCCAAUGCCAGGGAGAGAAACCGCAUGCAUGACCUCAAUUCAGCCCUGGACAACCUCAGGAAGGUGGUGCCAUGCUACUCUAAGACCCAGAAGUUGUCCAAGAUCGAGACUCUCAGGCUAGCUAAGAACUACAUAUGGGCCCUCUCCGAGAUCCUUAGGUCUGGGAAAAGGCCUGACUUAGUGGCCUACGUGCAAACCCUGUGCAAGGGCCUGUCCCAGCCCACGACCAACCUGGUGGCCGGCUGCUUGCAGCUCAACUCCAGAAAUUUCCUGACUGAGCAAGGUCAAGAAGCUGGCAGGUACCACGGCCCAAAUUCUUCCUUUGCCAUGCACCCCUAUUCCUACCAGUGCUCCAGGAUCUCAGGCUCCCAAUGCCAGUCCAGCACCAUGGCCAAUACUCAUGCUCUGAGGAGCCAUGGCUACUGUGCCACCUAUGAGUCCCUGUAUGGUAACACGUCUCCGGACUACAAUAGCUCUGAGUACGAUGCCCCUUUAAGUCCACCACUGUGCAUUAAUGGCAACUUCUCCCUCAAACAGGACUCAUCCCCUGACCAUGACAAAAAUUACCACUACUCUAUGCACUAUUCUGCCCUUCCGUCCUCCAGGCCUUCUGGGCACAGCCUGCUCUUCGGAUCUUCUGGGAUGCGAAGUGGUGUCCACUCUGAGAACCUGUUGCCUUAUGAUAUGCACGUCCACCAUGAUAGGGCCCCUAUGUAUGAGGAACUCAAUGCGUUUUUCCAUAACUGAGCCACCCAACUUUCCUCCAUCUGUGCCAAGAAAUAUGGGAAUGUUGAAGGGACCAAUGGAAAAGAACAAAGCCUGAGGGCCAUCCUUUGGUGCAGACACUUGUUAUUAGGGUGAACCUUCUGUUGUGUUUGGAGACCCUGCUUGCGGUUGGGUAACCUUUGCCACCCUACAGUUUUGUUUUUUUCAAGGUGGCCCUCAUGCACUACAUACAGUUGUGUUGGUUGUAACUAUUACUGCACCAUCCAGAGUUCUGUUGGGUUCACCUACUGUCUGGCCAACUCCAUUACAACCAUCAUGCGUUUGAUGUUCCAUGGUUGUCUGGAUCAUCCUGCACUAUGUGAGGCCUCUCUGCCCCCCUCACCCCUCCAGUCCAUUCACAUGUACAUAUCCUGAAGACACAUCAUGUUUGCACAUGUAACGUAUACUGGGUUUAGGCACUUGUUUCUGUAUUAUAAUAACUGUAGACUUGUCCCCUCUGCUGACAGUAUUCCUAUAUAUUGCUAUCUGUACAUAUAAUGGACCUGACCACGUGUCUAGAUCAUGGGGGGUGAUGCCCCCCACCUAGGUGCAAUAUACAGAAAAGAGACAGAAUUUUAUAAAGAAAAGUGAUCAACGUGGGCAUCUCUAUCUAUAUCUAUCUAUAUCUAUCUAUCUAUCUAUCUAUCUCAUAUCUAUCUAUCUAUCUAUAUCUAUCUAU